CUCCCGAUGAAUGCUGAUGACGUCAUUUCCCCGCGCCAAGCCUGCUAAAAUGUCUUCGGCACAGAAAGGGAAGAAGGUGGUAAAUCAGGAUGAACUGCGGCGAUUAAUGAGAGAAAAGAAAUCAGCGACCGAUCGACAGAAACGCGUUGAGUCACCGUACGCCAAAUACAACAGUCUGGGUCAUCUGAGCUGUGUUGUGUGUAAUACACCGAUCAAAUCUGCACUUCUCUGGCAGACACAUGUACUGGGCAAACAACACAAAGAUAAAGUCUCGGAACUUAAAAACAGAGACACAACAUCAUCAUCAUCGGCUCUGAAGAGGAAAGCCCCAGAGCACGAGACAAAGUCAGGAAAACAAAACAAACAUGAGGCGACUGGAGGUACUGCAGCAGGACUCAAGGUGAGCACAACCGUGUCCUCACAUCAGUCUGCAGGACUGGGGCUUCUGGCUGGCACGUAUGAUGAAGAUGAUGAAGAGGAUGCAGACAUGGACACUAGCAGUAAAGGUCCAGCUAAAGACACUGCUGCAGCUCCAAAUCUUCCCGCAGAUUUCUUUGACAGCGGCGUCCCAGCUGUGUCGAGCGUUUCCCACUCGGGCUCGGUAUCCAAAGCGGCUGAUGAUGAAGAGGCGACCGCGGCGGCGGCGAAGAAAGACAACUCGGCCGAGGCUUUACCAGAGGGCUUCUUUGAUGACCCCGUGAGAGAUGCCAAAGUUCGCAAUGUAGACACGCCCAAAGAUCAGAUGGACAGAGAGUGGGAGGAGUUUCAGAAAGAGAUGCGGCAGGUGAACACCGCCUCCGACGCCAUCGUUGCUGAAGACGAUGAGGAGGGACGUUUGGAGCGACAGAUCGAUGAGAUCGAUGAACAGAUUGAAUGUUUUCGGCGUGUGGAGGUUUUACGGGCUAAACAGGAGGUUGUGAAGGGAAGACUGAUGAAAGCCAAGCAACAGAGAAAUGACACUCAUUCAUCCAGCAGCGACGAGGAAGAUGAGGAAGGACUGAUGCACGUCUUGACACAGGACUGGAGGGCAAAAGGGGCUCUUGCUUAACACAUUCUCUGGUGUUCAUUAAAUAUUGUUUUGAAUUCAAUGCAUCUUAAAACAUCUACAACCGGAAAUUAUUUCAACCCUUUUUCUGUGUUUCUGCAGAUGCAUUUCUGUGUUAUAUCUCAAUCUCUCUUUCACAGUUGUUUGUAUUUCUGGUUCUUGUGACACACCGUACUGUGAAUUUUCUUUGAUGAGCUCAAACAUAUUUAGCUGAGAGUUUAUUUGAUUUUCCUGUUCAAUAACAAAUGAAUUGCUCUGAAUAUUUUUGCUUACAAACCUAAUCUCAUCUUCUAAAUAAAUCUAAUGCAUAUAUCCUGC